CAGUUCGGGUUCUCCUCUUAGGAAACCUGGUCACACCUAAAUUCUGGCCAAAUUAAAAUAAUAAUUGGUUAUAAAAUAAACAGUUUAGUUUUUACUUGGACUUGAGCUAACAAAAUGCACCUGACGCUAAUCAAUUUGUUUAAGAAGACUGUGCCUGGUCACAUAUUCCGGGGCAAGCGGCGCCUGGUGAAGCCGGUCAGCCAGCGAGCAAUGGACACCCUGACCCGCGAGUACGAGCGCCAGGAGCAGAUCAUGCUGCUCCUUCGGCACCCGUACCUUACCCUGGAGCAAUCUUCCGGUCACGCCAAGGAGCUACAAAAACGCGAUAAGCUGGUGGCCAAGUGGACGGACGAGCAGACACUGCGCAAGAUGAAGCCACACGUUACCAUUGAGGAGCGGCUGAACCAGCUGAAGAUCAAGGAGGCCUGGGACUAACUAUCAUAAUAUCUAUAUAUAAGCCGACGUUACUUGUUAAAUAAAUCUAGAUGUUAUGGAAAUUA